AUGACAGAUAUGAAUAAUAAUGUUGGUUCAACAACUACAACAGAAAACAAUUAUAAUAGACCAUGUUUACCUGCAACGUUAGCUCAACUAUUUCAAAUGACAAACUACGAUGAUAAAUCACCAGACUAUGCAGAGAUUGUUGCUCACGUCUUGAACAAACCAGUGUAUAAAGAAUCUACUUACGUCAGUAACAACUCUGAUACAAACAGCAAUCCAACAAAGAAAUACAAUGCCUUGGUUACAGUCUCUGAUCAUACAUUAUCAAAACAAAACCUCACUCACACUCUUCCCUAUCAAGCAGUCGAUCAAUUCCAACAAAACACCUAUUACAGAUUCAUCAUUAGAAUAACAUCAAAGAAAACUGAUAACGGAGCAACCAAUUACUAUUGGGCGAUUCAACAUUUCCGAACCGUCGAACCCGAUUACAUUACAUAUCAUAUCUUAAGAACUAUUACAGCACACCAACGUUUGGGUAAUCCAGAAUUAACAGCUGUAAUGAACAAAAUAGGAGCUGAUAAUCUCAAUAUCGUUUUGGCAACAUUGAUCAAUUCAGACUAUGUAGUCAAAGCUCAACCAGGUGAAACCGAUAUUUUGUAUUCAAUAAAAUUACAAUAG